AUGGACCAACAAUCCACUACUACCAACCCAAUCCCCAUACCCAUCGCUGGAGAGGAAGGCCCUGGUGGCCCCAAUGCUGCACACGAAGUCGCACCAUCCCAGCUCGCAACAGAUUCAUAUCACGUUUCCGGCAUCGUCCAAUGCGUCCAAUUUGCCUCUGACAUCACCGAGUGCCCCGGAGCCGGAGCUCUUGCUGAGGUAGAAGAAGUUGAAUUCACUAUAGACAUACCACCCUCUCAUGCGGACACUUGCCCAGAUAGCUGCAGUCCGUCGAUGUGCCAUCUUGACUGGCCUGCAUGUGAGGAUCCCCAAUGCGCCUGCUCAGGCGCUGAUUCCGAUCUGCAGGAUUUUUACAUGCUGGCCGAAUGUCACCAGCGGUACAGGGAAAUGCAAGGACCUCAUGAGGACGACUUUCCCAGUACAUAUCCAAUCGGCCCGGCCCUCGAGACGCUCCCUCCUCACAACCAAACCUUAAUCAAGGACUAUUUCACCCGCCUAAGCGCUGCUUACGCUGAGCUUUGGGACGAGAAGCCUUCCCGGGUGCCCAUGACCGAGGAAGAGCUCUCGGAACUCUUCGGGCCUCAAGGCUCCCUUGAUACCCUGGAGAACAUUGGCGAUUUCCAUAGAGAGAGGAUUGAGUCCUUUUUCCAGUCUUUUGAGAGAGUCUUCAAACGCAAGAAUGCCUCUCUUGGACCUCAAUUACCGACUCUUCCACAACUCGUGGAUAGCUUGACCAAACCAGCUGGUUACCUAAAACUCGAGUCUAAUGAACCGGAUAGACAAGCAGCUCCUUCUUGCUCCGUCUGCUUAGAUGCAUAUCUUCCUGACGAACCUGUUGUGACCCUGCCAUGUGACCCUUCCCACCAUUUUCACCUACAUUGUGCCAAAGGCUGGUUAGAAGCCCAAGAAGACUGUCCUGUUUGCCGAAUCCCUCUUGACAUCUUCAAGGAAGAAGACUAUUCAUUUCUCGAUGAUGAACUCGAAUGGGAUUGA